AUGCCUCGCUUACCGUCUCUCGUUUCGCUUCUGUUGCUUUCGCGCUCCUUUCUUCCCCCUGUGUCGGCUGAAGAGACCGAGGUGGUGACAUGCGCGACAUCCACGCCCAAUCCCCUGUCAAAUCCGUCAUUUGAAAGUGGUAUCACCGGCUGGGGAUUUGCCUCGGGAACCACUGGCAAUGUUAUCUCAGGCGAUGCAGCUGACGGCUCUCUAUAUGUUGAGACGAGCGCGACCAGCACAUCGGUAACGGUCCUACUAUAUCAGAGAAGUAGCUCGUUCAUUACGAAUGGCCAAUAUACCGGAUCAUUCCAAUAUCGCAUCAAGCCGACUUCCUCUCACGCCAGUAUGACUUGCUAUAUCAAGGCGUACAUUGACUCUUUCACCACCGCCGGCCUCGUCGGAAGUGCUACCGUGUCUGUGUCUUCAAGCACGGUUGGUUGGGACACCCUCUCGUUCAGCUAUACUCCUACCACCGCCGGAACACACACCUUUGAGAUCUAUGGCUAUUGUACCGGCACCUCCCAGUAUGCUGGAGCCGCUAUCGAUUUGGACAAUGUGCAAUUUGUUGGACCUGCGGUCACCUCAUGUUCGACCCAGACCAUCACGAUUACCCCUACGCAACUCCCAACAUCCACCGUGAUUCCAACCACCACUUCAAUUCAGACAUCCUCCUUGCAAGUGCCAUCUCCAUCUGUGCUCUCAUCGUCGAUGGUUACUUCUCCCACGCCAUCGGCUGUGACACCAGUGGUGAUUACCAGCAGCAGCACACCCUCGUCGCAGGUCUCUGUGAUUGUGCCUUCUCUUAGCACUGCUUCUUCCGCCAGCGCUGUCGCACCGUCCAGCGUUGCUUUUCCGCCCAGCGCUGCUGCUCCAUCUAGUGCUGCUAUUCCGAGAAUCAGCUCUUCAUCCGCCGCCGUCAGCUCUCUGAGUCAACGUCCUUCUACCCCUGCCGCCUCUCCUUUCUCGACUAUUGCAGUCUCGGUUCCUUCUUCAAGCGGAGCAGUGACUCUGUCUGUUUCUUCGUCCCCUGUGUCUGCAUUGACCUCUCAGAUUGCUGUUUCUGCACCCAGCUCUGUGGCUGUUAUUUCCCCAGUCUCUUCCGCUUCUCCAGUCAUUCCUUCUUCCUCCGUUGCAGUUAUUGCAUCUUCCAGCAGCGGUGUCAUCGCUUCUGGCGCUCCCUCCACAAGAAGAACAACCUACGUCACUGAGACUAUGACCGUCUCGGAGACAAUUUGCUCCACAAGAGCGUCUCAAACUCAACCAACUGCCAUCGUGACAACCACUGGAACUUCUGACCAAGGCGGCUCGAGCGGAACGGAGGGCGGAAGCACUACAUCAACCAUUCUCAGCACUCGUACUGCAACCAUCACCGCUUGUCCAUCGAGUGUGUCGGACUGUCCUGCCUCUGCAAAGAGUACUUUUGUGACAACCGAGACUUUGGUGGUCUCUACAACUAUCUGCCCUGUCACAAUGACCCAGGCUCAACCUACCACUGGUGCCUCGCUUACAGGAGGAUCCAACACCGGUCUGCCCGGCGGCGACGACGGCCGAAGCACUACCUCGACUGUCUUCAGUACUCGUACUGCCACCAUCACGGCGUGCCCUUCCACCGUCCCCAACUGCCCCGCUUCCGCAAAGAGCACCUUUGUUACUACCGAGACUCUGGUCGUCUCAACGACUGUGUGCCCCGUGACUGCUUCUGCCACGGCCCUUCCGACAGCCAGCAAUGGAUCGAGUUCUGGCUCCAGUGCAGCUUCCGGCUCCUCGUCUGGGCCUGGCGUUGUCUCGGGCUCGGGCUCUACUACUGGCUCCAACUCUGGCUCCGAUUCGGGUGUUUCUUCUGGCACUGGUACUAGCAAGCCUAGUGGCUCCAAUGCUGGUUCCUCUACUGGCUCUUCUGCCGGAACCAGCUCCGGCUCCGGCGCCACCUCUGGUAACAGCUCUGCUGGCACUAGCUCUGGCAGCAGCUCUUCUAUCGGCUCUACCUCUGGUAAUAGCUCUGCUGGCACUAGCUCUGGCAAUGGUUCUUCUGCCGGACCCAGUUCCGGCUCCGGUGCCACCUCUGGUAACAGCUCUGCUGGCACUAGCUCUGGCAGCAGCUCUUCUGCUGGCUCUAGCUCCGGCAGUGGCUCUGCUUCCGCCGGCUCCAGCUCUGGCGAUGGUUCUUCUGCUGGCUCCAGCUUGGGCAAUGGCUCUGCUUCCACCGGCUCUAGCUCCGGCAGUGGCUCUGCUUCCGCCAGCUCUAGCUCUGGCAAUGGCUCGCCUGCUGGCUCUAGCUCCGGCUCUGUCUCCAGCUCUACCUCUGGUAGCAGCUCCACUACUGGCUCCAGCUCGGGCAAUGGCUCUGCUUCCACCAGCUCAAGCUCGGGCAAUGGCUCUGCUUCCGCCGGCUCUAGCUCUGGCAAUGGUUCUUCCGCCGGCUCUAGCUCUGAUUCUAUCUCUACCACCGGCUCUGGCAAUGGUUCUUCUUCCGGUGCUAGUGCUGCCUCUGGAUCUGCCUCUGGAUCUGCCUCUGGCAAUGGCUCUUCUGCCGGUUCUAGCUCUGGCUCUACCUCUACCACCGGCUCCGAUAAUGAAUCUGCUUCCGGUGCUAGUGCUGCUUCUGGUUCUGGUUCUGCCUCUGGUUCUGCCUCUGGCAAUAGCUCUUUCACCAGCUCUAGCUCUGACAAUAGCUCUGCUGGCUCUAGCUCUGGCAAUGGCUCUUCUUCCGGUGCUAGUGCUGCAUCUGGAUCUGCCUCUGGAUCUGCCUCUGGAUCUGCCUCUGGAUCUGCCUCUGGAUCUGCCUCUGGAUCUGCCUCUGGAUCUGCCUCUGGAUCUAGCUCUGAUACUGCUCCUGUCACUGUCAGUGGUGUCUCGCCAGUGUCUCAGUCUGGAGACCAUACUGGAAGUGAAUCUGAGCAGGAGGGAACCACCUACAAGGCACCUAGCUCAGCUAACUCUCAGACCAUUGGUGCUGCUGGGGGCAAGAACAUUUCUGCUCCUGCCUCGUCUAGUACUGGCUUCCAAAGGAUCUACAGCAGCACUCCGACGGCUACGUCUUCCACUGCUCAAGUGACCGCAGUCUCAACCGCGUCCAGUGCAGCUGGUGCUCUUUUCACCGGUGCGGCUUCCGCCAUGCACAUGACAAAUGGGCAAAUGAUUGGAUCCCUUGCCGGUGGCUUGGUCUCUAUGCUCCUCAUGUUUGUCUAA